CUCGAUUCUUUCGCCAUUUCAUUGAAAACGGAUGCUUUUAUAAAGGGAAAACAGCCGUUUCUUUAAAUCGAGUGAAAAAAAAAAAAAAAUGUUAAUACUCUAGGCAAACUAAAAAUUUGAAGUGAAAAAAAUUGCAUAAAUUGCGUAUGAAGCUUGUUAAAAUACACGAAAGAAGAAAAAACCAGCGUUUAAUUCCUUUGACUGAAGAAAUCAUAAAAAUAAUGAUGAACAUUAAUAGUUCCCAUACGAGCUUUGAAAAAAUAACUGAUAUGAACAACUUUGAAACUAUUGCCGUAACAACUAUAAUUCGCGAUGAAAUUCAAAAUGUUCUACAAGAACCUUUAAUACGAGAUAAGUUUAUAAGGAAAGAGGACAUGAUUGAUUGCAUCAAAGCUAUUGUUAAAGAAGAAAUCAUUAAAAGUACUUAUGCAAAUGCAGAAGGUCCAGACAACGACCAGUUUCGGAGAGGUGGUGCAACCAAAAUUAAAGCGACGAAAGGUGCAUUAGGCUUAAAAUUAGAAGUAAACAAAACUGGGAAACCCCAUCACUACGUUGAGCCUGCUUCAAAAGAACAAUUUGGGAAAAAUCAGCUUAGCAUCUAUGAUGAAAUGUAUUAUGAGAGGCGACAAUACCUUUUAAAUUUAUUGUACUAUAAAAAAUCGUCGACAUCCUUGACCCUCAUCAAACAAUCAACUCUCGACCGACGAAUAAACAAAGGUGAACCAUCUUUUUGGUAGUAAUAAAAAUCUACUGCAAAAAAAUGUUUAAUAAAAUGUAAAUUAAUUACUAAAAUUUUUA